AUGGAGGAGCGUGCAGCAGCCAAAGCGGAAGAGGCACGUCGCCGACGAGAGGCCGAACUUCGCCGCGCCAGGAAAAAGGAACAGAUGGCCAGGGACCCGAAGCGUAAGGUUGCUCUCAAAAUUGAGAACAAGAGGCGUUUUUCUGGACACGAGGAGGAUGAGCCUGACGCAAAGAAAGAAAAGGAUUCGAUACCACUUCGAAAGUACGAGGUGUACGGCGAAAGUGGUUCGGAGAAGGUGACAUUGAAUAAUCUCCGGAAGAUCCAGAGCCAGUGUGAAAUGCUGAAUGAAAGCGGUGGUGUUGACCGAAUGCUGGACGCUAGGCAAAACAGCGAGAAGCUGCGGCGGGCCCUCACCUUUACGGAUCCUGGUGACAGAAAUUCCGAGACAUCGCUGUUUCCAAGCGACAUUUCACCUGAUCUCCCUAGAGAUGAGCGUGCCAAGCAGCUCCGCAAGGACAAGUACUUGAAUCAAUUGAUCGAGAAGAUGAGUACUUUGAGGAGCGAAUGGAAAUACAUGCUUCCGUUUGACCUCGACCUUGCCAGCUCGGGCUUCGUUGAUGCGCAUGGUCAAAGGAUAUCCGUGUCGAAUUUGAUCGCUCGCAACCCCCGAGCUGCGCAGAAGUUCCUGAAGGAGCUCUCAAGCCUCAUUGGCCAGAGGAUACAGGCCUAUGGAGGUCGGCGGGGUGGCAUUGUCGGCGGAUACACGUUGCUGGAAACUCUGGGCUCGAAGGCGAUGGUCAGUCAUCAAGGUGCAGGGUCUGCAGACGUCUGUGUUAUGGUCACUUGCCUGCAAAUGAAAUUGUGGCUGUGUAGCUUCAUUAUGAUCCGGCAGGUCUUGAGACAGAUGGGCGAGUGGAGUGCCAUGAAAGGCUUCGUCGACAACGUCACCCUUCUUCAGCGAUGGUGCAAACGAUUCCUUACCGUGAAAAGGCGGCGCUGCGGCCUUUGUGAAAAGGAGUGGGAGAGGGUUGAAGACUUCCACUUGUCACACUUCUUCCGCAACAAAGCACAAGCCAUUAUUCAGGAGCAGAAGGAGCUGGCGGCAGCCGAAGCCAUGGGCGGCCAAGGCAAGAGGCAGUACAAGGGUCUCCAGUCCGGAAAAGCGAAGAGAGAUAAGCAGGCCUUUCUUAAUUUGCUCGAAGCAGGAGUUGAAGGAGGUGAAAUUUCUAUUGACUUCCGAGCUUACAAGAUCCCAGCAGCAGAGAGGCGGGCUAUCAUCAAUCGCUGGUACAUGGUGACUUUAAGGAACCAUGUGCGUUCGGAGCAGACGAUAGCGUUGACCAUCAAGGAGAUGCUGGCAGCAGAACGUGAAUUGGAGCGCUUCGUGAACACGUUUGGAUGCAGGACCGUUGUUCAAGUCUCGCCUACGGGGGAAGAGGUAGAUGACAAAGGGCGGAAAGUGAAGAAAGGGCAGCUGAGCGACGACGACAUGUGGCAGCUGCGUAUUGGUGCCAAACUGAAGCACGAAUGGUACCGGGUCACGGAGGACUACCGCAUUUUCGUGCAGGGCAGAAAGGCUGAUCUGCAGGCGAUGUCCCACGUCCCGCCGUACCACGACCACCCAGCCAAUCGAGUGCUAGACUGA